CUAUGGCUGAUGCUCCUAUUGAUAACAUCAAAUUACAUUCUAGCUGGAGUUUAAACAACUCAAUCUUCGCGGGCUACUAUUACGAACCAGAGAAGCGUUAUCAAGGAGAUAGCCACAUCCGAGGCAACGGAAAUUGUGGUAUGUACGGCCCACAAUAGCAAUAAUGCCUCUAAUCCGACAGAGAACGUGAUGGCCGCCAAGCCCUAGUAUGGAAAAGUUUUUUUUAUCUCCCAUCCAAGCUAUCAAC